AGAAAGCCCAAGGAGCUCCACUACUGUCUUCAGCUUCAAGUUGUUUCUUUAGGAACGUUGAAUAGUUUAGGAACUUUAAGACCAUCAUGGCUGAUGGACCUAGAAAGUCUAAGAUGUCCUCGUCUCGAAGGCUGGGUUUAAAGAUCCGACUGUUGGCAGCUGCAACUCAGAUGCUGCAGGAGGAGAAAACCCAGAGGCUGAAGGAGAGAGAAGCUACGCUGGAAGAAAGACUUCCUCCUCUGAACCUGUCCGGGUUCUCUUUGCAACAACUGCAGGACCUCUGCAAAGACCUGCACCACAGGAUUGAUGUUGUGGACGAGGAGCGCUAUGACAUCGAUCUCAAAGUUUCUAAAAAUGAGAAGGAGAUUGAAGACUUGAAACUGAAGAUUACUGAGAUUCAGAGUAAGUUCAAGAAGCCACACCUGAAGAGAGUGAGGAUCUCAGCUGAAGCCAUGCUGAGUGUUCUGCUGGGAUCCAGACACAAGGAGUCCAUCGACUUCAAGGCCAACCUCAAAACAGUCAAGAAGGAAGAAGAAAAGAAAGAGGAGGUAACCGACUGGCGUAAAAACGUGGAGGCCAUGUCUGGCAUGGAGGGCAGGAAGAAGCUGUUUGACGCCUCUGGCAACUAAAAGAAAACUUCCUUUUAUCCAGUUUUUGG